AUGUCUUUCAAAAGCAUUGUGCGCGAGCUGAGGGAGAUGGGAGAUGGAAUUGGAAGUUUAUCUAGAAGAGGAAUUGAAGGAAGACACUGGAGAAACCGAACUAGAUCACACAUUGCUCCAGAUGUAGCUCCAUUAGAACUGAUAAACCAAGGCCAGUGGGCAAAUCUCCCUCCUGAACUUCUUCUUGACAUAAUCCGUAGGGUUGAAGAAAGCGAAACCUCAUGGCCAGCAAGAACUGUAGUCGUUUAUUGUGCAUCCGUUUGUAAAUCAUGGAGAGAUAUCACAAAGGAAAUCGUCAAAACCCCUGAAGAGUGUGGUCGAUUAACCUUCCCAAUCUCAUUGAAACAGCCUGGCCCUCGAGAUUCCCCAAUUCAAUGCUACAUAAGAAGAGACAGAGCAACUUCCACCCACCGAUUAUACUUUGGGUUAACCCCAUCUGAAGAUGAAAGCGAUAAACUACUAUUAGCAGCCAAGAAAAUCAGAAGGGCAACAAGCACAGAGUUCGCCAUUUCUUUAGUCGCAGAUGAUUUCUCACGAGCUUCCUCUACAUACGUUGGCAAACUAAGAUCUAAUUUCCUUGGAACCAAGUUCACAAUCUACGACAGCCAACCACCAACCGACACCACAAAUCACAACCGAUCAAGCCAACGAUUCCAGAAAAAACAAGUCUCCCCAAAACUACCUUCAUGCAGCUACUCCAUAGCCACAAUCUCAUACGAACUAAAUGUCCUCCGAACACGUGGCCCAAGAAGAAUGAACUGCACAAUGCAUUCCAUACCCAUUUCCUCAAUCCAAGAAGGAGGCACUGCUCCAACUCCAAAAUCUUUCCCUUUCAAAACCAUCGACAGAUCCACGUCAUCUUUAUCAUCAUCAACAACAACACCCAAUUCAAAUCCCCUGGACUCUUUAAUGCUUAAGAACAAAGCGCCUAGGUGGCAUGAACAGUUGCAAUGCUGGUGUUUGAAUUUCAAAGGGCGAGUGACUGUUGCAUCUGUGAAGAAUUUUCAACUUGUGGCUGCUGUUGACUCGAGUCAUAACGUUUCAGCUGUUGAACAAGAGAAGGUGAUUUUGCAAUUUGGGAAGAUUGGGAAGGAUAUUUUCACCAUGGAUUAUAGGUAUCCUCUUUCUGCUUAUCAAGCUUUUGCUAUUUGUUUGAGUAGCUUUGAUACAAAACCUGCAUGUGAAUGAAUGAGAUCCAUCCAUUUUAUAGAACAACUGCUAUAUGUUAUAAGCUUCAUAAUAUGUUAGCAGUUAUGACUAGUUUGUUCUUUAGGUCUUUCUAAUUAUUUUUUUUUUUUUUUGUUAUGGUUAAAUAACUCUUUUUAAUUAAUG